UGCGCGCAUGCGCAGUCUAUGGUCAAGGGGGGGUGUCGGGCAGCGCAUCGGGCGGAGAGACGGCAGGGGAUGGAGAGGGAGUGACCCGGGGUCCGGCAGGGAUUACGGCCGGGUCUGUUAAUUGGACAGACUCCACUUCCUAAAGUGUGCAGGUUUUGUCCAGUUAUCAGUCACCAUGGUUGCCCUGUCGCUGAAGAUCUGUGUACGGCAGUGCAAUGUUAUUAAGACCAUGCAGUUUGAGCCGUCCACGGCGGUCUAUGAUGCCUGCCGGAUCAUCCGGGAGAGGGUUCCAGAGGCUCAGUCAGGCCAAGCAUUUGACUUUGGCCUCUUCUUAUCUGAUGAAGAUCCGAGGAAAGGAAUCUGGCUGGAGGCUGGCAGGACCCUGGAUUAUUACAUGCUGAGGAAUGGGGAUAUCUUAGAGUAUAAAAAGAAACAGCGGCCACAGAAGAUUCGAAUGUUGGAUGGAGCGGCAAAAAUGAUUAUGGUGGAUGAUUCCAAGACUGUAGGAGAACUUCUGGUGACUAUUUGUAGCAGAAUAGGAAUUACUAACUAUGAGGAAUACUCUCUUAUCCGGGAGACUGCGGAAGAGAAGAAAGAAGAGCCCACUGGAACCCUGAAAAAAGACAGGACUCUGCUCCGAGAUGAGAAGAAAAUGGAGAAACUGAAAGCUAAGCUUCACACAGAGGAUGAGUUGAAUUGGCUCGACCACAGCCGCACGUUUCGAGAACAGGGAGUUGAUGAAAAUGAAACCUUACUUCUUCGCAGAAAGUUCUUCUAUUCAGAUCAAAAUGUGGACUCCAGGGAUCCUGUACAGCUCAACUUGCUCUAUGUGCAGGCUCGUGAUGACAUCUUGAAUGGUUCUCACCCUGUAUCAUUUGACAAGGCCUGUGAGUUUGGAGGGAUACAAACACAGAUUCAGUUUGGACCUCAUGUGGAAGUCAAACAUAAAGCUGGGUUCUUGGACUUGAAGGAGUUUCUUCCUAAGGAAUAUAUCAAGCAGAGAGGCGCAGAGAAAAAGCUAUUCCAGGAACACAAAAACUGUGGAGAAAUGACAGAAAUUGAAGCUAAGGUGAAGUAUGUGAAGCUGGCUCGGUCCCUACGCACGUAUGGAGUUUCGUUCUUUUUAGUUAAGGAAAAGAUGAAGGGGAAAAACAAGCUUGUGCCUCGUUUGCUCGGGAUCACUAAGGAUUCUGUGAUGAGGGUCGACGAAAAAACUAAGGACGUUGUUCAGGAAUGGCCACUGACAACAGUAAAGCGUUGGGCUGCUUCUCCAAAAAGUUUCACUCUGGAUUUUGGAGAGUAUCAAGAGAGUUAUUAUUCUGUACAAACUACUGAGGGGGAGCAGAUUUCUCAGCUAAUCGCUGGAUACAUAGAUAUCAUCCUCAAGAAGAAACAAAGUAAAGACCGCUUUGGAUUAGAGGGGGAUGAAGAAUCAACAAUGUUAGAAGAAUCAAUUUCCCCAAAGAAAUCUACUAUUCUUCAGCAGCAGCAGGUUACCCGGCCUGGUAAGCCUGAACAUGGCACAGUCGCUCUGCCUGCAAUUAUACGGUCAGGGUCAAGUGGACCAGAGACUUUUAACAUUGGCACCAUGCCAUCAGCUCAGCAACAACUUACCACAGGCCAGAUGCACAGAGGUCACAUGCCUCCACUAACGUCAGCCCAGCAAGCUCUGAUGGGGACCAUUAACACCAGCAUGCAUGCAGUUCAACAGGCACACGAUGAUCUGAGCCAAGUGGACAAUCUGCCACCUCUAGGACAUGACAUGGCGUCCAGAGUUUGGAUUCAAAACAAAGUAGAUGAGUCGAAGCAUGAGAUCCACUCCCAAGUGGACGCCAUCACUGCAGGAACCGCAUCAGUGGUCAACCUGACUGCAGGGGAUCCGUCAGAGACUGACUACACGGCUGUGGGAUGUGCAAUUACCACUAUUUCUUCCAAUUUGACGGAGAUGUCCAAGGGUGUAAAACUAUUGGCUGCCCUGAUGGAGGACGAAGUUGGAAGUGGUGAGAAUUUACUGGGUGCAGCCAGGACACUGGCAGGAGCAGUCUCCGAUCUGCUUACAGCAGUACAACCAUCUUCAGGAGAGCCCCGGCAGACUGUUCUCACAGCGGCAGGCAGCAUCGGACAGGCAAGUGGAGACCUUCUCCGACAGAUUGGAGAGAGUGAAGCAGAUGAGCGGUUCCAGGAUGUGUUAAUGAGUUUGGCAAAAGCUGUAGCCAAUGCAGCUGCCAUGUUGGUCCUGAAGGCCAAGAAUGUGGCACAAGUAACUGAAGACACGGUCCUGCAGAACAGAGUGAUUGCUGCUGCUACUCAGUGUGCGCUUUCUACCUCCCAGCUAGUGGCAUGUGCCAAGGUGGUAAGUCCUACUAUUAGUUCACCCGUAUGUCAAGAACAACUAAUUGAAGCUGGGAAACUGGUGGAUCGCUCUGUGGAGAACUGUGUGCGAUCCUGCCAAUCAGCCACAGAGGACCUUGAGUUAUUGAAGCAAGUCAGCGCAGCUGCCAGUGUGGUCAGUCAAGCCCUUAAUGACCUCUUGCAACAUGUCCGCCAGUUUGCAAGCCGUGGGGAACCCAUUGGCCGCUACGACCAGGCAACAGAUACUAUCAUGUCCGUCACAGAGAGCAUAUUCAGCUCCAUGGGUGAUGCAGGAGAAAUGGUGCGGCAAGCACGAGUGUUAGCUCAAGCAACGUCGGAUCUUGUUAAUGCUAUGAGGUCUGAUGCAGAGGCCGAGCUGGACAUGGACAACUCCAAGAAACUGUUGGCUGCUGCCAAGCUUCUAGCUGAUUCUACUGCACGUAUGGUGGAGGCUGCAAAGGGAGCUGCCGCCAACCCUGAAAAUGAAGAUCAGCAACAGCGGCUUAGGGAAGCGGCAGAGGGUCUGAGGGUGGCUACCAAUGCAGCGGCCCAGAACGCCAUCAAGAAGAAGAUUGUUAACAGGCUUGAGGCUGCCGCAAAACAGGCCGCUGCAGCUGCUACCCAGACUAUUGCAGCGUCACAGAAUGCAUCGGUCUCGAACAAGAACAUGGCAGCUCAUCAGCAGCUGGUCCAGAGCUGCAAGGCUGUGGCCGACCAUAUUCCCCAGCUGGUACAAGGUGUGAGAGGCAGUCAAGCUCAGGCCGAGGAUCUGAGUGCCCAACUGGCUCUUAUUGUUUCCAGCCAGAACUUUCUGCAGCCUGGAAGUAGGAUGGUUGCUUCUGCCAAAGCUGCUGUACCCACUGUGACAGAUCAAGCCGCUGCCAUGCAGCUAGGUCAAUGCGCCAAGAACCUCGCUACCAGUUUGGCUGAACUACGUACAGCUACGCAGAAGGCUCAUGAAGCUUGUGGCCCUAUGGAAAUUGAUUCUGCCCUGAAUUCUGUCCAGACGCUUAAGAAUGAAUUGCAGGAUGCAAAGAUGGCGGCUACAGAUGGGCAACUGAAACCCCUUCCAGGGGAGACGUUGGAGAAGUGUGCCCAGGACCUUGGCAGCACAUCUAAGACGGUGGGCUCCUCCAUGGCUCAGCUGCUGACCUGUGCGGCUCAGGGGAAUGAACAUUACACCGGUGUUGCUGCAAGGGAAACUGCACAGGCCCUGAAAACCUUGGCACAGGCAGCACGAGGGGUCGCAGCUUCAACGAGUGAUCCACAGGCUGCAAAUGACAUGUUGGAUUCAGCCCGAGAUGUGAUGGAUGGGUCAGCCAAGCUCAUCCAGGAAGCGAAACAAGCUUUAGUGGCUCCUGGGGAUGCCGAGGUCCAGCAGAGGUUGGCUCAGGUGGCUAAAGCAGUCUCUCAUUCACUGAAUAACUGUGUGAAUUGCCUUCCGGGGCAGAAGGAUGUAGACAUGGCUCUUAAGAGCAUUGGCGAGUCCAGCAAAAAGUUGCUUGUGGAUUCGCUUCCUCCAAGCACCAAGUCCUUCCAAGAGGCACAGAGUGAAUUAAACCAGGCAGCAGAGGAUCUGAACCAGUCAGCCGGAGAGGUGGUCCAUGCUUCCCGGGGGCAAAGUGGCGUAUUGGCAGUUGCUUCUGGUAAAUUUAGCGAAGAUUUUGACGAGUUCCUCGAUGCCGGAAUUGAAAUGGCUGGACAGACGCAGAAUAAAGACGACCAGAUACAAGUUAUCGGAAACCUCAAAACCAUAUCCAUGGCCUCGAGCAAACUGCUUCUUGCAGCAAAGUCUCUUUCUGUAGAUUCUGGGGCGCCAAGUGCCAAAAAUCUCCUGGCGGCUGCUGCAAGGGCCGUGACGGAGAGCAUUAACCAGCUGAUUACUAUAUGCACCCAGCAAGCCCCUGGGCAGAAAGAAUGUGACAAUGCUCUUCGUGAGCUGGAGACUGUGAAAGGAAUGCUUGAAAAUCCCAAUGAGCCUGUCACUGACCUGUCUUAUUUUGACUGCAUUGAAAGCGUCAUGGAAAAUUCAAAGAUCCUUGGAGAAUCCAUGGCCGGAAUCUCUCAGAAUGCAAAAACUGGAGACUUGCCUGUGUUUGGCGAUUGUGUGGGUGUAGCCUCGAAGGCUCUGUGCGGUCUCACGGAAGCUGCUGCACAGGCAGCCUACUUGGUGGGGAUUUCAGAUCCCAAUAGCCAGGCAGGACAGCAAGGGCUUGUUGACCCAAUUCAGUUUGCUAGAGCUAAUCAAGCUAUCCAAAUGGCAUGCCAGAAUCUAGUGGAUCCAGCCAGUAGCCCAUCCCAGGUUCUAUCAGCUGCCACCAUAGUUGCCAAACACACUUCAGCCUUGUGCAAUGCCUGCCGCAUUGCAUCCUCCAAAACAGCCAAUCCUGUGGCUAAGAGGCACUUUGUCCAGUCAGCCAAAGAGGUGGCGAACAGUACUGCCAACCUAGUGAAAACAAUCAAGACUCUGGAUGGAGACUUUUCAGAUGACAAUCGUGAGAAAUGCAGCAAAGCCACAGCACCCCUCAUAUCAGCCGUGGAGAACCUGACUGCAUUUGCCUCCAAUCCAGAAUUUGCCAGUAUUCCAGCCCAGAUCAGCUCAGAGGGCGCUCGGGCACAGGAGCCGAUAUUGGUGUCUGCGGUCACCAUGCUAGAGAGUUCAUCUUCACUUAUCAAGACAGCCCGCUCUCUAGCAAUCAACCCGAAAGAUCCGCCCACAUGGUCUAAUCUUGCCGGUCACUCAAGAAUAGUCUCGGACUCUAUUAAAAGUUUGAUUACAUCUAUCAGGGACAAAGCUCCAGGACAGAGAGAGUGUGACCAGUCCAUUGACAGCAUCAACAGAUGUGUUCGAGACAUCGAGCAAGCAUCCCUCGCAAGUGUCAGCCAGAACCUAGCCAUGCGGGAUGACAUCUCACUAGAGGCUCUUCAGGAACAGCUAACUUCUGUGGUACAAGAGAUAGGUCACCUGAUAGAUCCUAUAACCACAGCCGCCCGCGGGGAAGCGGCCCAGCUUGGUCAUAAGGUCACCCAACUUGCUCGAUAUUUUGAGCCCCUGAUUCAAGCUGCUGUUGGUCUGGUUUCCAAAAUCUUGGACCAUCAGCAACAGAUGACGGUGCUGGAUCAAACCAAGACCCUUGCUGAGUCUGCUCUGCAGAUGCUGUAUGCAGCCAAGGAGGGUGGUGGAAACCCUAAGGCGUCCCACACACAUGAUGCCAUUGCAGAGGCUGCUCAGCUGAUGAAGGAGGCUGUAGAUGACCUUAUGAUUACCUUGAAUGAGGCUGCCAGUGAAGUUGGUAUGGUGGGAGGCAUGGUGGACUCCAUAGCAGAUGCCAUGAGCAAGCUUGAUGAGGGGACUCCACCAGAACCCACAGGGACUUUUGUGGAUUACCAGACCACAGGUGUUAAAUACUCCAAGGCUAUCGCUGUAACUGCCCAAGAGAUGAUGACUAAGUCUGUAACAAAUCCAGAGGAGCUUGGUGGCUUGGCGUCCCAGGUGACCAGUGACUAUGGAAAUUUAGCUGUCCAGGGUCGAAUGGCUGCUGCCACAGCAGAACCUAAAGAGGUUGGGUUUCAGAUCAAGACAAGAAUUCAGGACUUAGGACAUGGCUGUAUAUUUUUGGUGCAGAAAGCUGGAGCCCUGCAAAUCUGCCCAUCUGAUAGUUACACGAAGAGGGAACUUAUUGAGUGUGCCCGGGCGGUGACAGAAAAGGUAUCUCUGGUACUCUCAGCUUUGCAGGCAGGUAACAAGGGCACACAAGCCUGCAUUACAGCGGGCACUGCUGUAUCUGGAAUUAUUGCUGAUCUGGAUACUACCAUCAUGUUUGCCACAGCUGGCACAUUAAACGCUGAGAACAAGGAAUCGUUUGCUGACCACAGGGAGAACAUCCUGAAGACUGCCAAGGCUCUUGUAGAGGAUACGAAGCUGCUGGUGUCUGGUGCAGCUUCUAGUCAGGAUAAGUUGGCACAGGCAGCUCAGUCAUCCGCCAACACGAUUACACAGCUGGCAGAGGUGGUGAAAUUGGGUGCAGCAAGCAUAGGGUCUGAUGACCCUGAAACUCAGCUCUAUAUCUAUCUACAAAUAAGACGUCCUGGCCAGGAAAAGAUAUUCCAAAUGAACACGGAGCACUGUCGGGUGGUGCUAAUCAACGCCAUCAAGGAUGUUGCAAAGGCUCUAGGGGAUCUAAUCGGAGCCACAAAAGGUGCAGCUGGUAAAGCAGCCGAUGAUCCAUCCAUGUAUCAGUUAAAGAGUGCAGCCAAGGUCAUGGUGACUAAUGUCACUUCCCUGCUGAAGACUGUGAAAGCUGUGGAAGAUGAAGCCACACGUGGUACAAGGGCUUUGGAAGCCACAAUUGAGCAUAUCAAGCAAGAGCUAACUGAGUUCCAGUCAAAAGAUGUACCUGAAAAAACCACAACACCGGAAGAAUCGAUUCGCAUGACCAAAGGAAUUACUGUGGCAACAGCCAAAGCAGUAGCGGCUGGAAAUUCUUGCAGACAGGAAGAUGUCAUUGCUACUGCUAACUUAAGCCGCAAAGCGGUCUCUGAAAUGCUGACAUCCUGCAAGCAAGCCGUUUAUCAUCCAGACAUAAGUGAAGAAACAAGGGAGCGAGCACUGAGGUAUGGCACGGAAUGUACACUAGGAUACCUGGAGAUGCUGGAACAUGUCCUAUCUAUUCUGCAGAAACCUAUUCCAGAAGGGAAGCAUCAGCUGUCAGCCUUCUCAAAACGUAUAGCGUCAGCUGUGACUGAACUAAUCCAAACGACGGAAACUAUGAAAGGUACAGAAUGGGUUGAUCCUGAAGAUCCUACAGUGAUUGCUGAGACCGAGCUCCUUGGGGCUGCAGCUUCUAUUGAGGCAGCAGCUAAAAAACUGGAACAGCUCAGACCACGAGCCAAGCCAAAGCAGGCAGAUGAGACCCUCGACUUUGAGGAGCAGAUCCUAGAAGCGGCAAAGUCCAUAGCAGCCGCCACAAGUGCACUGGUGAAGUCGGCCUCAGCAGCACAGAGGGAGUUGGUGGCACAAGGCAAGGUUGGCGCAAUUGCUGCUAAUGCAGCAGAUGAUGGUCAGUGGUCCCAGGGAUUAAUUUCUGCUGCCAGGAUGGUGGCUGCGGCAACGAGCAGCUUGUGUGAAUCGGCUAACGCCUCAGUACAGGGCCACGCCAGUGAGGAGAAACUGAUCUCCUCUGCCAAGCAAGUAGCAGCAUCCACUGCCCAACUUCUGGUCGCCUGCAAGGUGAAAGCUGACCAAGACUCGGAAGCCAUGAGAAGACUCCAGGCUGCCGGCAAUGCUGUAAAGCGGGCCUCUGAUAACCUGGUCAGAGCAGCCCAGAAAGCUGCCUUCAGCAAAGCAGAGGAGGAUGAUGUCGUCGUGAAGACAAAGUUUGUAGGUGGAAUUGCACAGAUCAUUGCAGCUCAAGAGGAAAUGCUAAAAAAGGAGAGAGAGCUGGAAGAAGCACGUAAGAAGCUGGCCCAAAUCCGUCAACAACAGUAUAAGUUUCUACCGUCCGCCCUGAGAGAGGAGGACAGCUAGUGAUUCUUCCUGGCUUCAAGCAUGGAAUCAGUCAGUCCUGCAGGAGAAAGGGACACACCUUUACUGUAGCUGGAAGCUCCCACUGGAUUCUAAAACCACUAGAACAUGGAGGGGUCGCGUGGGUUUUCACUCUGAAGACAAACAGUAUUACUUCCCAAGGUGGACAUACCCAGUUAUAUAAAUAAAGUAUAUAUAAAAGAUAUACACCGCGGCGGGGGCCUGAGAGACUGUGACACCGGGCACAGCCCCUCCGGCAAUACUACGUGUGCUUUUAAAGAUUGUGCCCCUUUUCAUGUAACCACUCAUUUGCAGGUGCCUGCAAUGCAGAGCAAAGCAUAAAAGGGGUAAAAUGACUUUUUUUUUUUUUCUAGUAUGUUUUACAAUUUGAUUUGGUCACUGGAUCAGCUAUGUACCCUGAAAUAAUGUACACAAAGCCUGUUGGGAAUUAAAGGCACUUGUAAUUAAGCA